CUCACAGUGCUUCUGUGUCGUCCGAGAUGUGCGCCUGCGCAGUGCGUGGGGGCGGCAGGUUCGCGGGCACCCUCUAGGGUAUUUGGCUGCUGGCAUCGCUGUGGAGGUUCUGGCGGCAAUCAUGACGGAGGGCACGUGUCUGCGUAGAAGAGGGGGGCCCCGAAAGACAGAGCCGGCCACCGAUCUCAGCCGCUGGCGACUCAGCAGUGAGAGGGGGAGACAGGUGUGGACGUAUUUUCCAGAAGAGGAAAAUCCUAGCCGGGAGCAGACUGCACUGGAAGCCUGCUCCUUGGGACUGGACACCAAGAGUUACUUUAGAGAUUUGCCCAAAGCCCACACAGCCCGUGAGGGGGCUCUGAAUGGGAUGACGUUCUACACGGGGCUGCAGGCCGAGGAUGGGCACUGGGCGGGUGAUUAUGGCGGCCCACUCUUCCUCCUGCCAGGCCUCCUGAUCACCUGCCACGUGGCACGCAUCCCUCUGCCAGCGGGGUACAGAAGAGAGAUUGUGCGUUACCUGCGGUCGGUGCAGCUCCCGGACGGCGGCUGGGGCCUGCACAUUGAAGACAAGUCCACAGUGUUUGGGACUGCGCUCAACUACGUGUCCCUCAGAAUCCUGGGCGUUGGGCCCGACGACCCGGACCUGGCACGAGCCCGGAAUGUUCUCCACGAGAAAGGCGGAGCCGUGGCCAUCCCGUCCUGGGGGAAGUUCUGGCUGGCCGUCCUGAAUGUCUACAGCUGGGAAGGCCUCCACACCCUGCUCCCAGAGAUGUGGCUGCUGCCUUCCUGGGUCCCCGCGCAUCCGUCCACAAUUUGGUGCCACUGCCGGAUGGUCUACCUGCCCAUGAGCUACUGCUAUGCCACUCGGCUGAGAGCCGAGGAGGACCCCCUGGUCCAGAGCCUGCGCCAGGAGCUCUACGUGGAAGACUACGCCAGCAUAGACUGGCCGGCGCAGAGGGACAACGUGGCCCCCGGCGACCUGUACACGCCACACAGCUGGCUGCUCCGUGCAGCGUACGCCAUCUUCGACCUGUACGAGCGGCACCACAGCACCAGCCUGCGGCAGCGGGCAGUCCAGAUGCUGUAUGAGCACAUCGCAGCUGACGACCGCUUCUCCAAGUGCCUGAGCAUCGGCCCGAUCUCGAAGACCAUCAACAUGCUCGUGCGCUGGCACAUGGACGGGCCGGCCUCCAGUGUGUUCCAGGAGCACGUCUCCAGAAUUCCCGAUUACCUCUGGCUGGGCCUCGAUGGCAUGAAGAUGCAGGGCACCAAUGGCUCACAGGUUUGGGACACCUCGUUCACCAUCCAAGCUCUGCUGGAGGCAGAUGCACAACACAGGCCCGAGUUUGCGUCCUGCUUGCAGAAGGCACACGAGUUUCUGCAGAUGUCACAGGUCCCAGAUAACCCACCCGACUACCAGAAGUACUACCGCCAGAUGUGCAAGGGCGCCUUCCCCUUCAGCACGCUGGACUGUGGCUGGAUCGUCGCCGACUGCACCGCUGAGGCCUUGAAGUCCAUCCUUCUCGUGCAGGAGAAGUGUCCCUUUGUCACCACACAUACCUCGAAACAGCAGCUCUUUGAUGCUGUGGCUGUGCUGCUGAGCAUGAGAAACGCUGACGGGGGGUUUGCCACCUAUGAGACGAAGCGCGGGGGCCACCUACUGGAGCUGCUCAACCCCUCGGAGGUGUUCGGGGACAUCAUGAUCGACUACACGUAUGUGGAGUGCACCUCGUCUGUGAUGCAGGCGCUGACCGUCUUCCACACACAGUUCCCGGAGCACAGGCCCGGGGAGAUCAGGGAGACCCUGGAGCAGGGCCUGGAGUACUGCCGGCGGAAGCAGAGGGCGGACGGCUCCUGGGAGGGCUCCUGGGGCGUCUGUUUCACCUAUGGCACCUGGUUUGGGCUGGAAGCCUUUGCCUGCAUGGGACAGACUUACCACGACGGGACCGCCUGUAUGGACGUCUCCCGGGCCUGCAACUUCCUGCUGUCGCGGCAGAUGGCGGAUGGCGGCUGGGGGGAGGACUUCGAGUCCUGUGAACAGCGGCGUUAUGUGCAGAGCGCCCAGUCCCAGAUUCACAACACGUGCUGGGCCCUCAUGGGGCUGAUGGCCGUCAGGCACCCCGACGUGGAGGCCCUGGAGCGAGGUGUCCGCUGUCUGCUCAGAAAGCAGCUCCCCAAUGGCGACUGGCCUCAGGAGAACGUCUCCGGGGUCUUCAACAAGUCCUGUGCCAUCAGCUACACGAACUACAAGAACGUUUUCCCCAUCUGGGCCCUCAGCCGUUUCGCCUGUCUGCACCCCGAGAGCACCCUCGCUGGCCGCCCCCUUGCUGGGCACUGGGAGUAGCAUCUGGCGUAGCUGCCAGGCGGUGGGCAUCAAGGGAGUCUGGCGAGCUUGGGGCAUGUCGCCGGCACACGGAGCCCCCGCAGCCGGCCGCCUACUCCCGCUGGCCGAGGGAUCCUGGGGCGGCCUGGUGGCUCAGACGCUUGCCCUUCAGCAUAGGUCUGGUCCUGAGGAGGGAGUGAGAUGCACUGACUCUGAGGCCUGGGCGUGGUCCCCAGCUCCUGGGCAGGUGCUCUCCCCCUAGUGACACUUCUCAGGAGGGGCCGUGUGUCUUGUCUGCCUCCCACCCAGUUCCAGCCCCUCCCACAUCUUCUGGCUGUUGGGCUGAGGGACCAGGCACUUCCACAAGCAGCUGGUGGGGUGAGGAAGGGGUUUCCUGGUCACUGUGGCUGCCCAGGGCUCAUCGAGGACCAGGGACAGCCGGGGCACGCUGGCUCUGACCUCAAGGUCUUACAUGCCGCAUUGCAGGCAGCACUCAUGGGCACUGGCAUCGCCACCUCCAGGUUUAUAGCCACAUCGUAAUGACAGAAGUGCUCAGGGAGCCAAGCGUGACCAAGGCUGUCGGCUUGUUAGCAGCGCCCCAGCCUGUUACUACCACCCACUGCAGCCAGGCAGGCAGGUGUGAUGCCCGGGUGCCCUAGUGGCUGCUGAGAACCUCGUGCCCUGGUUUGUGCCCUGGGCCAGGUUUCCGGGGUGAUGCCUCUCACCAGUGAGCCACUGAGUGCGCGAGGGCCUGGGGCUCAGAGUAGGAAUUCGGGUCCUGGGUUUGCCAUGGGCCUUCCGAGACUAGCUGUGAGGGGUCACCAAGAGCUUCGAUGAGAAGAAAACCCAGGCCUGGCAUUGCCCCAGGGGUCCCACCCCAAUGCCACCUCCAUCAGCCAUCAGCCGUUCCUCUGCUUACCCUGGGGCUGGCAGCAGCCCCGCACCGUGCCCUCAGGCUGACUGUCCUCCCUCAGGCAGCAGAUUGGCAUCUGGACGGCCCUCUGCUUCCAGCUGUCCCUGCCCAGGACCCGGCAGGGCCCUUGCUCAGACUCCGCACUCCGGCCUCCCUCCCACAGCUCCCUUGGCCCUUGGGCACCAUCCCCGAUGCCCAGGUCUGCCCCCCGACCUCUUCUGCCCUGAGCCCCCAGGGCUGGCCCCUCCGGCUUCCAGCUGUGGCACAGAGCGGGCAUCUGGGUGCCUGCUGCAUGUCGACACUUGGCCCAGAUGUUUUGCUGGGUUUCGUUCAGUGCGGGAGCCGCGUUGGAGCCCUGAGACCUGCUGGGUUUGCUCAUAAUGCUUUUUUAAGAAAAUAAAUUUAGAAUAUUAGAAAGAAUAUUUUCUUUCUAAUUACAGUAGACGUUCAGUAUAGUUUUAGUGGUUAAACGUUUACGUAAUUUACAAAGUGAUCACAAUACGUUUAGCACCUAUCUGGCUCCCUACCUAGUUACUACGGGGCUACUGACCCCGUUUCCUGCGCUGCGCGUCACACCCCUGUGACGAUUCUGUAACUGCCAGUUUGUACUUCUUAGCCCCGUCACGGUUCUCACCCAGCCCCCAAAGCCCGUUCUCAUCUUACAGCCAUCAGUUUGUCCUCUGUGAGCCUGUUUCUGCUUUAUUAGUUGCUUUAUUUUGUUCUUUAGAUUCUAUAUGUAAGUGAAAUCAUAGGGAAUUUGUCUUUACCUGACUGAGUGCACUUAGGAUAAUACCUUCUAGGUGCACCUAGGUUGUUACCAAUGGCAAGAUUGCAUCCUUUUUGAGGCUAAUUUUCCAUCGUGUGUAUGUCCCACUUCUUUGUCCAGUCAUCUAUCCAUGGACACUUCGGCUGCUUUCGUAUCUUGGUUUUUGUGAAUAAUGCUGCAGCGAACACAGGGUGCGUACGUGUUUUCACUUUAGUGUCUUGGAUUUCCGUGGAUAAACACCCAGAAGUGGAACUGCGGGGUCCCGUGCUGGUUCCAGCAUUGAUCUUUUGAGGAGCCUCCACCCUGUUGUCCAUAGUGGCUGCACCAGUUUACAGCCCCAGUGCGUGCGGGCUCCCUUUGCUCCACGUCCUUGCCAGCACGUGUCGAUUUACUGAUGAUGCCAUUCUGACAGGUGUGAGCGAUAUCUCGUCGUGGGUUUAACUUGCAUUUCUCUGACAAUUAGUGACGUCGAGCAUUUUUUCAUAGGUUUAUUGGUCAUCCUUAUGCUCUCUUUGGAAAAAUGCCUGUUCAGGUCCUUUGCUCAUUUUUUAAUUGGAUUUUUUUCGGGAUUGAGUUAUAUGAGCUCUAUGUAAAUUUUGGAUAUUAACCCCUGAUUAGGUGUAUCACUGGCAGAUAGCUUCUACUAGAUAGGUUGUCUUUUCAUUUUGUUGAUGGUUUCCUUUGCUGUGAAACAAGCUUUUUAGUUUGAUAUAGUCCCAUUUGUUUAUUUUUUCUUUUGUUUCCCUUGCCGGAGGAGAUAUAUCCAAAAACACACUGCUAAGAGUGGCGUCAGAGAGUACUGUCUGUUUUUUCUUUUAGGAUUUUUAUGGCUUUGGGUUUUACAUUUUAGUCUUUAGUCCAUUUUGAGUUUCUUCUUGCAUAUGGUGUACGAAGGUCCAGUUUCUUUUUUUUUUCACGUGUAUGUCCAGUUUCCCCAACCUCAUUUAUUGAAGAGACUGUUUUUAUCCCGUUAUAUGUUCUUGUCUCCUUUGUCGUAGAUGAAGUGACCAUAUAGGUGCAAGAUUAUUUCUGGGCUUCCUGUUCUGUUGCGUUGAUCUGUGCAUCUGUUUUGGUUACUGUGGCCUCGUAGUGCAGUUUGAGAUCAGGUAGUGUGACACGUCCCACUUUGUUCUUUCCCAAGAUUGCGGUGGCCGUUCGGGGUCUUUUGUGGUUCCAUGCGAACGUUAGGACGGAUUGUUCUGUCCUCGGAGAGCACCCUGCUGUCGUGAUCGCACUGAGUCUGGGUGGCUUUCGGGAACUUGCACUUCACCUCUGGCCCAUGUCCUGGGGCAGCAGCAGGGCAGCCUACACUUCACAGUGGCCACUGGCCCCGGAAGGCCCCAGCCGUGUCCAGGUCACUGGACAAAGCAUAGGUUUUCCAGAAAAGAAGUGACAAUAUGCUUUUAUACUGAAAAACUUAUUAGAGUGCUCUCACGCGACUACCUGAGCAGAUGUCGGGUCCUUCAGGCCAAGCCUGUCAUGCUUGUGUCGUGUCUCAUCCUGGGAACAGUCGUGGAUCUGGGGUUUUCUGAGCCUGUCACUCAAGUACCAUGUGACCCUGGACCACCGCAGUUUCAGGGAACAAGAGUAGCUGCUCGCAAAUAAGCAGCUGUGUCUUCAGCUGUGUCAGGGGAAAAUGUUUGCCUCAACCCGACUGAAAAUCAGGUUCUCUGCCCUGGGCAAAAUACUGAAGAUUCUCGGAUUCAAAUUCUCUUAGCUUCGGUUUUCAGAUUCUGAAUAUUAUGCGGGAAAUUUCCUUUGGGGCCAUCGCAGGCUCUGUGUCCCCGUGAUGGGAGAGCCACAGCCUCGUCUCAGGGAUUCUCGAACUGGGAUCGUUGGGCUCCGUGGAGACCUCGCCUCACUGAGCAGGGUCACUGCUGCUGGGGGCUUAAAUUUCAUUCAGGCAAUAAAAACCCCUUGAGAG